AUGAAGAAAUCAUUUUUGGUGGAAGAACACACCUUGGCCGUUAUAAUAGCAUGGAAGGCAUGGGAGAAUCGAAACAAGAAAGCUACAGGCGAGCAAGCUCUUCAACCGUCCGAGAUAUUGAGUUGGUGUAAGAAUUAUAUUGGUACUUUCAAUAAUGCCCAACUUUGUCCUAGUGCUGGACUGCGAGAUGUGCAUCCGAGUUUGUGUAAGCCACCCCCCGUCGGUGCGGUGAAACUCAACUUUGAUGCAGGCUUUCCGAUGGACAAGAAUUUCUUUUCCGCAGCAGCUGUUGCUCGGGAUUGUGCAGAGAAUUGUUUGGGAUGGAAAGUGGAGAAGAUCCCUGAUAAAUUGAGGCCGGUGGAGGGUGAAGCCGUUGCGGCAUUGAAAGCAAUAUACUUGGCGAAGGGAAGGGGCUGGCGGGAUAUUGUUCUUGAGGGAGAUUGCAUUCAACUUAUACAGGCAUUGGGCAACAAUAGACAGUGA